UGGAAGAGCUAAAGGAGCUCUGGGUACUAUCAGUACAAAAAUAGUACGCGAUAAUAAUAUGUAGUAGCUUGUUUUUUGCCUCUUAAUAGCUUCGUCUUCUCGGCUGGUCACUCCAAUUUUUGGUUUUUUCUUUGUUUGGGGUAAGAGAACUGAAAAAGCUUCUGCUUUUUUAGAAAUGGAUCCCAAAUUGGACGAUGGGCAUGCUUCAAUUACAGUCAAUCUCUUGAAUGGCCAUGAAAAACACCAUGCUGCUGAUGUUUUUCAACCGAAGGUUUCUGGGAAAACUUCUUUUUCCAAGACUUGCUUCAAUGGCAUCAAUGCAUUAUCAGGAGUUGGGAUACUGUCGGUACCAUAUGCAUUGGCCUCUGGUGGAUGGCUGAGUUUGAUGUAUCUUUUUAUCAUUGCGGCUACGACCUACUACACAGGCUUACUAAUCCAGAGGUGCAUGGACUUGGAUUCAAACAUAAGGAGCUAUCCGGAUAUUGGUGAGCGUGCCUUCGGGAGUGCAGGAAGAACGGUGGUGUCUAUAUUAAUGAACAUGGAGCUCUACAUGGUUGCCACUGGUUUCUUGAUCCUAGAAGGCGACAAUCUGGAAAACAUCUUUCCAGAUUUUAAGGUAAGGCUAGCGGGGAUUGUUGUUGCUGGAAAGGUGAGCUUUGUGAUUUUGGUUGGCCUCAUUGUGUUACCCACUGUUCUGCUGAACAACAUGAGUGUCCUGUCUUACAUAUCUGCAAGUGGAGUGAUAGCUUCGGUGACACUUCUUGGGUCAAUGGUGUGGGCUAGUGCAACAGAUGGAAUUGGUAAUCAUUCAAGUGACAUCCUUCUUAGCUGGAAAGGAACCCCAACUGCUGUCAGUCUCUAUGCAUUUUGCUAUUGUGCCCAUCCAGUUUUCCCCACACUUUAUACUUCAAUGGAAAAUCCCAGACAGUUCUCUAAGGUACUGCUUGUUUGCUUUCUCGUAUGCACCAUCAGCUAUGCAUCAAUGGCAAUCCUGGGGUAUCUUAUGUUUGGUUCUGAAGUACUGUCUCAAGUAACCUUAAACCUCCCGUUCGGAAAACUUAGCUCGAAAGUGGCCAUUUUCACCACACUGAUCAAUCCAAUAGCCAAGUAUGCUUUGAUGGUAAAACCUCUUGUGAAUGCCACAGAAAACAUGCUUGCAUCUCAUUGUAGUAAAAAAUCACACAGCCUGUUGGUCAGAAUUAGUCUGGUAAUCAGCACAGUGAUUGUGGCAUUGGCUAUUCCGCUUUUUGGGUACUUAAUGUCACUCGUGGGGGCAUGCUUCAGCAUCGCGGCUUCAGUUCUGCUUCCUUGCUUGUGCUUCUUGAAGAUCUCGGGAAUUUAUAGCAGGCUAAAACUCGAGAUGUUCAUAAUCUCUACCAUUGUGGUUAUGGGUGUUCUCAUCAUGGUUGUUGGUACUUACACAUCUAUCCAGGAAAUAAUAGGCCAUUUUUUAAAGAUGGAUCAGUGAGUAGGACACUAGAUUGUGGUAAAAUGGAGUAGGAGUUUUAUUCUUUAUCUGAGUCCUUAUUGUGUAUGCGCAUGUAUGAGACUCAAUAAGCAAUAUGCUCCAAAUAUGAAGAGCAAUGCGUUCGAGGGCAGAGAAACCACAAUAAUCUCAAUAUAUUACUUUGAGAUAAAUUUUGUUUACUAACAACAUUACUAACUCAGCAGUACUGCGUGUCCAGUUUGCUUCUUGCUGGAAACAAUAUAUUUUAGGAUUAUAUAGUAUUGUUCCCCUAGAAUCGGCCGAAGUAACAUUUUUAUAUUGUGCCCAUCUUAUUAUGUACUAGUACGUAGUAUCAAACUUUGAUU